GAGGUGAGAGAAGGUGAGAAGAGUGAGGGGCAAAGGGGGAACGGAAUUACCGAAAUAGAAGGUGGGGAGAGGGGCCGGUAAGCGUACCACCACGACUCCGACCUGGCACGGUGCCACCGCAUUUGGGGGGCUCGUCUCCGCGGAUCCCGUCACCGCCCACCUCGCCUUCGCCUCUCCCCCCCUCCUCCUCCUCCUCAUCUCGAUCUACCCCAUCGCCAUUGUCGAAGCAAGCGACCUUUUUCUCUCUUCGAUCGAUCGAUCGAUUGAGCGAUUGAUUGAUUGAUUGAUCGAUUGAUCUGUUCUUGGCCGCGGGAUCUAGGGUUUGGCGAUGGCCUCGGCGAAGUCGUCGCGAUCGAGGCCCUCGGCGCCCUCGGGGAUGCUCUCGGGGGCGGGGGCGGGGCACAGCGAGAGCGGGGUGCAGCUCGCCGACAAGCUCAAGAUCUUCAAGACCGACAACUUCGACCCCGACGCCUACGUCCAAUCCAAGUGCCAGACCAUGAACGAGAAGGAAAUAAGGCACCUGUGCUCUUAUCUGCAAGAUCUAAAGAAGGCUUCUGCUGAAGAGAUGCGCAGAAGUGUUUACGCUAACUAUUCAGCAUUCAUUAGAACCUCAAAGGAGAUAUCAGAUCUAGAAGGCGAGCUUCUAUCCAUUAGAAAUCUUCUAUCUACCCAGGCAGCUUUAGUUCAUGGUUUAGCCGACGGAGUUCACAUUGAUUCUAUUACUGCUAGCUCUGAAGCUUCUGCAGAAGAUGAUCUAUCCAGUGUCGAAGAUCGAGAACCUUCAGAUGUACAGAAAUGGUCGCUAGAGUUCCCCGACAUACUCGAUGUUCUACUAGCUGAGAGGAGAGUGGAUGAAGCUUUGGAUGCCCUAGAUGAAGCUGACCGCAUAGCCACAGAAGCCAAACAAAGACAGACUUUAAGUGCAGCCGAAAUUUUAUCACUACAGAGGGCUAUUUCUUACCAUCGUCAGAAAUUAGCAGAUCAGCUUGCCGAAGCCACCUGCCAAUCUUCGACCCGUGGAGUUGAACUCCGCGCAGCAGCCUCUGCCCUCAAGAGGCUCGGGGAUGGGCCCCGUGCUCACAGCUUGCUGCUUAAUGCUCAUAAUGAGAAGCUUCAACAUAAUAUGCAGACGAUUCAUCCAACCACCACUUCAUAUGGGGGAGCGUACACUGCAGCUCUAUCCCAGCAGGUGUUCUCUAUUAUUUCUCAGGCUCUUAAUGACUCUUUAGAGGUUUUUGGUGAAGAAUCAUCAUAUGCGUCAGAAUUGGUUAUAUGGGCUACAAAACAGGCAGAGGCUUUUGCCCAACUUGUAAAGAGGCAUGCCUUAGCCUCUUGUGCUGCUGCUGGAGGGUUAAGAGCAGCUGCAGAGUGUGUUCAGAUUGCUCUUGGCCACUGUUCUUUGCUGGAGGCCCGUGGCCUUUCGCUUUCUUCGGUUCUCCUGAAGUUGUUCAGGCCCAGUGUUGAGCAAGCACUAGAGGCUAAUUUGAAGAGGAUUGAAGAGAGUACUGCUGCUUUAGCUGCCGCUGAUGAUUGGGUGCUUAUUAGUCCUCCUUCUGGUUUACGUGCUUCUGCUAGAGUGUCUACGACAAAUUUAGCUCUUCAGCCGAAACUUUCUAGCAGUGCACAUCGUUUCAAUACUAUGGUUCAGGAUUUCUUUGAGGAUGUAGGGCCGCUCCUUAGUUUGCAGUUAGGUGGAUCCACGAUGGAUGGCCUUCUUAAAGUUUUCAACUCGUAUGUUAAUUUGCUCAUAAGUGCAUUACCAGGUUCAAUGGAAGAUGACGAGAACCUGGAAGGUUCUGGAAACAAAAUUGUUAGGAUGGCAGAGACCGAAAUGCAGCAGCUAGCGUUGCUUGCUAAUGCUUCUUUAUUAGCAGAAGAGUUGCUGCCUCGAGCGGCCAUGAAGCUUUCUCCAAUGUACCAGACUGGUAAUGAUGAUCUUCGUAAAAGAGCUUCAGAAAAGAAUAACCGUGUACCUGAGCAAAGAGAAUGGAAAAGAAAGCUACAACGUUCCGUUGAUAGGUUGAGAGAUAGUUUCUGUAGGCAGCACGCUCUUGACCUCAUAUUCACAGAGGAUGGUGACAGCCAUUUGAGUGCAGAUAUGUACAUUAGUAUGGAUAAUAGUGUUGUUGAAGAGCCAGACUGGGUUCCUUCCCCAAUCUUUCAGGAACUAUAUGCAAAACUAAAUAGGAUGGCGAGCAUAGCUACAGAAAUGUUUGUCGGCAGGGAAAGGUUUGCUACAUUGUUACUGAUGAGACUUACUGAGACAGUCAUAUUAUGGCUCUCAGAAGAUCAGAGCUUCUGGGAAGACAUUGAAGAGGGACCAAAACCUUUGGGUCCUCUUGGUCUUCAACAGUUCUAUUUGGAUAUGCAGUUUGUGAUCCUUUUUGGACAUGGCCGAUUCUUGUCACGGCAUGUUCAUCAAGUUAUAAUUGACAUCAUUGAAAGAGCUAUGGCCGCAUUUUCUGCUACCGGCAUGAACCCAGACAGUGUACUUCCUAGUGAUGAUUGGUUCAUCGAUGUUGCCCAAGAUACAAUAAGUAAGAUAAGUGGAAGAGCGAGGGUUGCAAAUGGAGAUAGGGAACUUAGCAGCCCAACUGCCUCCGUUUCGGCACAAUCCAUGUCAUCAUUCAGAUCACAUGGUAGUUCCUGAUUUGUGCUUUUCUGGUUUUUUUUUUUUUUUUGGCAAAAAAGCUCCUUGUAUGAUAAGAAAUAACCAUUUUGUUUGUUGUUCUUCUCUCCCAUUCAAUAUUUGUGCUAGUGUAGGCCAUUGUUUAUCUGUUUUAGGAAAUCUUCGGAUUCUUUUUCAUGGAGUUUGAGGCUGCAUAUGUUGCCCUUUCUGUAUACAGUCCAAGCUCUACUGUGUACCAUUCUUUCAUCAGUUUGCCUUUCUGAGCUGCUUCAUUCUUGAUCUA